AUGGCAUGGUUGAGAGAACUGAGGCCUUUGCUUCACUUGCUGCUGCCACUUACCAUCCAUUGGCUUGCUGAGGAGAUGACUGUUUCUGUUCUUGUUGAUGUCACUACCUCUGCUCUGUGCCCUGGGGACUCAACUUGCACCAAAGCUAUUUAUAUCAAUGGGCUUCAACAAACGAGUUCUAAGGCCUUGGUUGGAAUCAUGCAAUUGAAGAAGAUUGGUGUUACAUUAAAGUUUGCAAGGAUUGUCUUGAUUGUUGGAAUUUUCAAGAUGGUGGUAAUUCCACUUUUGGGUCAGCUUUCAGAUGAGCAUGGCCGCAAACCCGUGCUCCUUUUUAUCGUCUCCUCGUCUGUGUUUCCCAUGGCAUUACUUGUCUGGCAUCAGUCUGAGGAAUUUGUCUAUGCCUACUAUGUGCUUCGUACAAUUUCGAACAUAAUCAGUCAAGGCAGUAUUUUCUGCAUUACUGUUGCAUAUGCGGCAGAUGUUGUUACCGAACGUAGAAGGGCAACAGUAUUUAGUUGGAUUAGUGGUCUCCUUUCUGCUUCACAUGUUAUAGGGGAUUUACUGGCUCUGUUUCUUCCUGAAAAGUACAUUUUUGCUAUUUCAACAGCACUAUUGAUCUUUUGUCCUGUUUAUAUGAAAUUCUUCCUUGUUGAAACGGUGAUAGUGGCUCCGAAAAAUCAUCGAGAGUCAGGUUGGUGGACUAAAAUUGUUAAUGUUCCCCAACAAAGAUACAAAUCUAUGAGGAGAGCUGCCGAAGUAGUAAUGUUCAGUCCCACUUUAAGGGGCAUGGCUCUUGUCUCCUUCUUUUAUGAGCUGGGAAUAUCAGGCAUAAGCAGUGUUUUGCUGUACUAUUUGAAAGCUGCUUUUAGUUUUGACAAAAAUCAGUUCUCAGAACUUCUGGGGAUGGUAGGAAUCGGUUCAAUUAUCUCUCAGAUGUUGUUGCUUCCAAUACUCAAUCCAUUGGUUGGAGAGAAAGUUAUACUCUGCUCUGCCUUGCUUGCAUCAAUAGCAUAUGCUUGGCUCUGUGGAUUAGCAUGGGCACCUUGGGUACCAUACUUAAGCGCCUCUUUUGGUAUCAUCUAUGUCCUUGUGAGCCCUUCCUCUCAUGCUAUUAUUUCAAAUGCGACAAUCUCUACCAAUCAGGGAAAAGUACAAACUUUUAUUGCGGGGACACAAUCUAUAUCAGAUUUGUUAUCACCAAUUGCUAUGAGUCCAUUGACCUCAUGGUUUUUAUCUAGCAAUGCUCCCUUUGAAUGUAAAGGUUUUAGUAUUAUAUGUGCAUCCAUAUGCAUGAUAAUCUCUCUUUGUUUUGCUUGCAUGCUGAAGCCAGAUAGUAAUUCCAGUAAUGACAUAGAGGGCAGCACAGAAACCCCUCUUCUCAGUGACAACUAA